UCCCAGGAAUAUGCCUCCACUGUUCGGCGGGCAGUACAGUCCGGGAACGUCAACUUGAAGGACAGGCUCACCAUCGAGCUGCACGCCGACGGGCGCCAUGGGAUCGUGCGCGUGGACCGGGUGCCCCUGGCAGCCAAGCUGGUGGAUCUGCCCUGCAUCAUUGAGAGCUUAAAAACCAUUGACAAGAAAACCUUCUAUAAGACAGCAGAUAUUUGCCAGAUGCUUGUUUGCACUGUGGAUGGUGAUCUCUACCCACCUUUGGAAGAGCAAACUGUGAGUACUGACCCAAAGGCAAACAAGAAGAAGGACAAGGACAGAGAGAAGAAGUUCAUCUGGAACCAUGGCAUCACUCUUCCCCUGAAAAAUGUACGGAAGAGACGAUUCCGGAAGACAGCCAAGAAGAAGUAUAUCGAGUCUCCUGAUGUGGAGAAAGAGGUGAAGCGUCUCCUGAGCACAGAUGCAGAAGCUGUCAGUGUCCGCUGGGAAGUCAUUGCUGAAGAUGAAACAAAAGAAGUGGACAACCAUGGUUCGCUCACCAGCCUGGACAUCUCCUCCCCAGGGAUGUCAGGACACAAGCAAGGCCAUGGCUCCUCAGAACAUGAUGAACUGCGGGAGAUAUUUAAUGACAUCAGCAGCAGCAGUGAAGAUGAAGAUGAGAGGGAUCAUCAUGAUGAUGAAGACCUGAAUAUCAUGGACACAGAGGAAGACUUGGAGAGGCAACUGCAGGACAAGCUGAAUGAGUCUGAUGGGCAGCAACAGGAGAAUGAGGGGUCCAACCAGAUAGUCAUGGGGAUCCAGAAACAGAUUGACAACCUGAAAAGUAAGCUCCAGGAGACCCAGGACAGGAGGAAGCGCCAGGAAGAUCUCAUCAUGAAAGUGGAGAACCUAGCCCUCAAGACCCGUCUCCAGGCUGUGCUGGAUGAGUUCAAGCAGCAGGAAGAGCGAGAGAAGCAGCAGAUGACGUCCCUGCAGGAGCAGCUGGAGUCCCUCAUGGAGAAAUGA